AUGACAAGCUACGUUUAUCCCUCGGCCUUCUCAGACAACCUCGCCUCCCUUGAGACCCCGCCAACUUCAAGGGGCGUUGCCGGGACAACGAGUGCUAGCACAAGCAGUAAUGCCCUCGUAAUUGCAACUCCCGCAUCAACCACCCUAGACGAUGCAGGCGCAACAAGUCAAGGCCUCGGAUCUUUCAUAUGCCAUGUAGCAUAUCUCGAAAACAAGAUCCAACGCGGCGGAGAUUCUACCUUCUUCUCCUCUUCCCGAUGCCGAGUGUUGACUCGCGAGCGUGUCGCUAACGGCGCCUCCUUCAUCGUGGAGCGUGCCGAGCUCGAAGGGGGUAAGCCUGAGGCUAGGGCAACCGUUGCAAUCAAGACUGUCCGAGAAGAUCGAUUCCGCCAGAACCAGUGGCGCGAGAUUCUGCUGGAAAUCAGAGCCCUGCUCCACGAACCGCUUCGCUACCACCCGAACAUCGUGAGGCUGCUCGACAUCCGAUGGGACGCCAGAAUUGACAGUCGAUCCCCCUUUCCAGCCAUCAUCCAGGAGUAUGCGGCCUUUGGUACCCUAGACAAGCUUCAGCAGCGGAGCAAACCCUUGCCUUUCAGCAUCAAGCAGAAACUCUGCUAUGAGGUUGGCCGCGCGCUCUCCAUCAUUCACGCCUGCGGCAUGGUCCACGGCGACCUCAAGCAUGAGAACAUUCUCAUCUUUCCCAACCCGUAUCCGGAACCAUCAAACCAGCCUUACACGGCCAAAUUGGCCGACUUUGGCGGCACUGUCAUGGACUUUGGCAGCGACUCGGCUCGCCGAAUCCCCAUGCACACGUUCCCGUACGAGGCCCCUGAGAUUUCGGACAACAAACUCACAGAGGAGGGCGCCAAGAAGACGGACGCCUACUCGUACGGCAUGCUGAUCUGGCGGUGCAUGAUCGACGCGCAGGACAUUCUCUCAGCCAUUGGACUGAGUCGGAAUGGUCAGGGGAGCGUAGCUGACGCGAAGCUCCAAAACGAUGUGAAGCUCUUGAAGCUGUCCGACGGUCUCCUCGAGUCGGCCAUCCACAGCGUUACCCAUUACUUCUUCACUCAUGGCCUCCCUAAAGCCAGUCUCGGCGUGGUCAGCUCGGCCCUAAUGUUCACGUUGCGAGGCGACCCAAACCAGCGAGCCCUUGACCGUGCUCAGGUGCGGCUUCGCGGCAUGGACUCAGUCGCGGCCCAUUUCUAUGUCGGCGUGAAGGACGAGGCCAAUAGGAAGACGAUCGAGAGGAGCAAGUACAAGACCCCUGGCCGGCAUGGCAUGGAUCUGGAUAGCGUGGGGUUUGCACUCGGCCGUUUGGGCAACGACUAUGACGCGCAGAACAACCUUCCAGGCUUCCGUCCCGAUUUGCCACGUCCCGAGGCCGGUAGCUUUCUUUUCGAGCCGCUGACGCUGCGGAACUUGCUCGAUAGGAGCCAGCAAGAAGCCAUGAUUCGCGACUUUGAGCUUUAUGCAAACUCCCCCGUUACAACUGGUGCGGGUGCAGACGAAGAACUGAGAAUAGAGCCUUGGUCAGCUGCGUUUUACCUGUUCCAGUCUUACCUUUGUGGCUUCGGAGUCCCUUGUGACCCUGAGAAGGCAUGCUCUUGGCUUCGCCGUGCUGCUGAGCCGAGCAAGGAAACGGGGACCACCGACUAUCUCGCCAUGGCGUGGAUGAAUCGAGUACAUGCCGCGCUCGGUGUUUCAAACCAUUAUAACGUGGACAAGCAACUGGACAACCUCUUCUGGAGCGUCGUCCGCGGCCAUAGGCAUUGUGCCGAGGACGCCGAGACCAUUAUCAGAGCACUUGGCAAUCUGGCGCAGAUGCAGGCCUGGAGACGGAGGAUGGCUGAAGCAGAGGAGGUGCAUCGAUGCUUGACUGGCUCGACCGGAAUGCCCUUCUUUGCACCCCGUAAGUUAAGCCGGGCGUGGGAUCUCAACGAUCUCAACAAGCUUGACAUGCAACUCAAGGACGAGCUCGGUGCCGAGUACGCGAGCUGUCUUCGUCCGCCACCUGGAAGCGAAGACGAACCCAGUCCUCCCCAAGACGGAGGAUACCGCUUUGACCGGAUCUUCGUCAAUCAUGUGGGCCACGGCCUGCUACACAUGGCGGCUGUCAUGGGAAAGCUGCGAGCGCUGAGGCACCUCUACGGGAAAUACCUCUGCGAUCUCAACCUCAAGAACCAAUCCCACAGCGACACGCCCCUCAUCUGCGCCUGCCGGACGGGCCGGCUUGAUGUUGCCCUGUGGUGCCUUAAGAACGGUGCGGAUCCCAACGGCGGCGAGUUCUGCGAGGAGUCACCGCUACACUGCAUCAGCGCCUUUGACGAGUUUGACAUGGAGAUUGUCGUGGCCAAGCUCAUGGCUGCCGGCGCAGACAUCGAAAAACCCUCCGAGGCUUCGCGCAAGGAUGUUCGCGGCAUCCUCGCAGACUGGGAAGACAACUUCUCCAUAACCUUUACCCCCCUGGGGAGGGCCGUGUUGAAACAGAGUCUGCCGGCCGUCAAGGUCCUGUUGAAGCACGGCGCCAGUCCAACGGGCAAGCGUGUUUACCGAAACAGAGCAAAUAUAUCGCCGGUGGAACUCGCCGCUGUGCUGACCCUGCCGGAUAUUCUGGAGGAACUCCUUCGCCACGUCGACGAUGCCGUGCCGGUGUGGGACGAAUGCGAGAUGCUCGAUGCCGCCCACUCGGGGCAGAUUACCCCCUACGACUCGCUGUCAGUGCAGAGCCGGUUGCAUCUCUGUAACGAAAUCCUCCUCGGAAACACCGACAUUGUCUCGGCCCUGCUUGCUCUCGGCCAUUCUGGCUCCCCUGAAUUCCGCCCGCUUUGUACGGCAGCUAAAGCCAACCACACCGCCAUCUUCCAGCUGCUUGCAUCCCACGACCCUCCUGACGCUUCGGACCUGGCACCCCUGCUUUCCGCCACAGCCGAACGUUUCCCUCACGCCCCUUGCGAUCUAACCAUCGCCAGGUACCUCCUCUCUCGGGGAUGCCCCCCGGACACGUCAACUCCGACGCAGCCCUCCCCGUUAGUCAUUGGGAUCGAGAACGGGUAUUUCGAUCUCGCCGAUUUAUUGAUCGUCCACGGCGCAGGGUCGUCGCUCAACGACCUCCUUGAAGGAGAU